GCACAAACCGUCGUGUGUCAGUGGGACGUGUAAGGGUGGGAUACCAGAGACGCAGCUGGCUGCUUUUUCUUUCUUUUUUUUUUUUUAAGAAAUAAAAAAAAGUUUGAGUGAAAGUGAAAGUUCUCAACCUGCAGUCCAGUCACCAUUUUGAGUGUUACAGAAAACAAAGGAGCGGAGGAGAGAGAAGUAUGAAGCGAGACUGACUUCAGACCAGAAGAUGAGUGUUUCUGUGGAGGAAGAGGAGGACAGAACAAAGUCUCCAGUGUCCAGUUGUACGUCUAUGAAGAGUGACCGGUCUAAAGAUCUACCUGAACACUUAAGUAAUGGACCUGGACCCUCAGACACAAAAGGUCAGUACAACAGACAGAGAGCAGCGUCUCCAGUAUCCAGCUGCCUGUCUAUGAAGAGUGACCGGUCCAAAGAUCUACCUGAACACUUCAGGAAUGAAUCUGGACCCUCAGACACAAAAGGGAGGAAGAGGAGUGAUGUUUCUGUGGAAGAGCGGCCGUCCUGCUGUGUUUUGUGUCAGGACAUCCUGAAGGACCCAGUCUCCACCAGCUGUGGACACUGGUUCUGCAGACAGUGCAUCACUUCAAACUCAGACCGGUUUGCUUCCCCUGGAGACUCCUGUCCUCAGUGUGGAAAAAGAUCCAGAUUGAAUGUUGAUCUGCAGGAGGUCGUAGAUGAACAUAAGAUCAGUCUGAGGAGGAGAUGCGAACGUGUGACUGAAGGAACAGAUAAAACAGGAAGUGGAACCCUCCUCAACAGGAUCUACACUGAGCUCUACAUCACAGAGGGACAGAGUGAAGAGGUUAAUACCCAACAUGAGGUGAGGCAGCUUGAGACAGCUGCCAAGAAGAAGACCUUCAAUGAAACUCCAAUCAAGUGCCAAGACAUCUUUAAACCCUUACCUGGCCAACAUAGAGCCAUCAGAGUCGUUCUGACGAACGGAGUCGCUGGCGUUGGAAAAACGUUCUCCGUGCAGAAGUUCACGCUGGACUGGGCAGAGGGUUCGGAAAACCAAGAUGUCAGUCUGCUGAUUCUGCUGUCUUUCAGGGAGCUGAACUUGAUCAGAGAUGAGCAGUACAGUCUUCUCAGGCUGCUCCAUGUUUUCCAUCCAUCAUUACAGAGGGUGACAGCAGAGAAUCUCGCUGUCUGUAAACCUUUGUUCAUCUUUGACGGCCUGGAUGAAAGCCGACUUUCAUUGGAUUUCCAAAACAAUGAGGUUGUGUCUGAUGUUGCCCAGAAGUCAUCAGUCAAUGUUCUGUUGACAAAUCUCAUUCAGGGAAAUCUGCUUCCUUCAGCUCUCGUCUGGAUUACUUCCAGACCGGCAGCCGCCAAUCACAUCCCUUCUUCAUGUGUUGACAGGGUAACAGAAGUUCGAGGCUUCACUGACGUCCAGAAGGAGGAGUACUUCAGGAGGAGAUUCGGGGAUAAAGACUUGUCCAGAAGAGUCAUCUCACAUAUCAAGACCUCCAAGAGUCUCGACAUCAUGUGUCUGAUCCCAGUCUUCUGCUGGAUCACUGCUACAGUUCUGGACCACAUGUUCACUACAGACCAGAGAGAAGAGCUGCCCAAGACGCUUACUGACAUGUACUCACACUUCUUGCUGGUACAGACAAAGAGGAAGAGGCAGAAGUAUGAUAAUGGCGAUGAGACGAGUCCACAGGGGCUGACGAAGGCAGACAGAGAAGUUCUUCUGAAGCUGGGGAGGCUGGCGUUUGAACAUCUGGAGGACGGAAACAUCAUGUUCUACCAAGAUGACCUGGAGCGGUGUGGACUUAAUGUCACAGAGGCCUCUGUGUACUCAGGGGUUUGUACAGAGAUCUUCAAAAGAGAGUCUGUGAUCUUCCAGAAAACAGUCUACUGCUUUGUUCAUCUGAGUGUUCAGGAGUUUCUUGCUGCAGUCUACAUGUUCCACUGUUACACCAAAGGAAACACAGCAGUAGUGGAGAACUUCCUGGGGGACUGGAGAGAGAAUGAAAGCAGCAAAGAGUCUCUGGAAUCACUUAUUGCGAGAGCCUUUGAACAGAUGAACUUAUCCCUGGAUGUCUUUCUUAGGACCAGCAUGGAGAAAUCCCUCAAAAGUAAAAAUGGCCACCUGGACCUGUUUGUUCGCUUCCUUCAUGGCCUCUCUCUAAAGUCCAACCAGAGACUCUUAGGAGGCCUGCUGGGUCAGACAGACAACAGUCCAGAAAUCAUCCGCCAAGCCAUCAACAACCUGAAAGAGAUGAACAUGUCCAAGAUCUCUCCUGACAGAAGCAUCAACAUCUUCCACUGUCUGACAGAGAUGAACGACCACUCGGUACAGCAGAAGAUCCAGGAGUUCCUGAAGUCAAAGAACAGAUUGAAGGAGGAACUCUCUGAGAUCCACUGCUCAGCGCUGGCCUACAUGCUACAGAUGUUAGAGGAGGUUCUGGAUGAGCUGGACCUAAAGAAAUACAAUACAACAGUGGAAGGACAGCGGAGACUGAUUCCAGCUGUGAGGAACUGUAGAAAGGCUCGACUUUCCAACUGUGGACUCUCAGAGACUCACUGUGAGGUUGUGGCCUCAGCUCUGAAGUCCAACCCCUCCCAUCUGACAGAGCUGGAUCUGAGUGAAAACGACCUGAAGGAUUCAGUGAAACUGUUGUCAGCUGGACUAGAGAAUCCACACUGCAGACUGGAGACACUGAGAUUGAGUGUCUGCAGUUUGUCAGAGAUCAGCUGUGCUUCUCUGGCCUCAGCUCUGAAGUCCAACCCCUCCCAUCUGAGAGAGCUGCAGCUGAGUGGAAACAAGCUGCAGGAUUCAGGAAUGAAGCUGCUUUGUGAUUUUCUGCAGAGUCCACACUGUGGACUGGAGAUUUUGAGAUUGUGGAACUGCAGUUUGUCCGAGAUGAGCUGUGUUUUUCUGGCCUCAGCUCUGAAGUCCAACCCCUUUCAUCUGAGAGAGCUGGAGCUGAGAGGAAACAACCUCAAGGAUUCAGGAGUGAAGCUGCUGUGUGAUUUUCUGCAGAGUCAACUCUGUAGACUGGAAACUCUAGGAUUGAGCGGCUGCAGUAUGUCAGAGCUCAGCUGUGCUUCUCUGGCCUCAGCUCUGAAGUCCAACCCCUCCUAUCUGAGAGCGCUGCACCUGAGUGACAACAUGCUGCAGGAUUCAGGAGUGAAACUGCUGUGUGAUUUUCUGAAGAGUCCACACUGUAGACUGGAGACUCUGAGAUUAAGUCGGUGCAGUUUGUCAAAGAUCAGCUGUGCUUCUCUGGCCUCAGCCCUGAAGUCCAAUCUGAGAGAGCUGGAGCUGAGAGGAAACAACCUCAAGGAGUCAGAAGUGAGGCUGCUGUGUGAGCGAGUCCAGGCUGUGGACUGGCGAUCCUGAGGUCAGUAGAGGGCUGGAGUCUGGUCAUGCUGGUAUCAGCAGUAUUGUAUUUAAAACAUUUAGCAACUAAGCACAGGUGGACUUCACCUUGUUUUCCUCAGUGAAGCUGUGAGAGGAGAAUGACAACAACAUAUGCUCUCUCUAUUAAUCUGUAUCACAGCUCUAAGAUCAGUAUGACUGCAGCUUGCAAAUCAUUGGCUCAUAAUUUGAAGAUCCGCUACAUUGUAACCAGCCAGAUAGCAAAAGUGUGUGUUAUGUGUUUAUUCAGCUCAUAUACUGCAUGGAACUAUGGCACUUGGGCAGUCCAAUCCUGUUUGCCAGGUCUUUGCUAAAAGCAGCAAACCAGAUAAACCAGAACUGGCCCAAGUCUGAGAAAAGAAAUGAACUGGGCCCCAGAUUUAGGUCAGUUCCUGUUUAUUGGGUUCACCCUUGGCUGACUUAAGGCCAUAGUAUGGCCUGUUUGCGUGACUGUUUUUGAACAGCUUUGAACUCUAAAAGAAAUAAAUGUUGGGCCUAAAGUUCUUAGUUCCACUCACUGCCGUCCCUACUGCAUCUAUGGAUUUGACAUUAAUAGAAGCAUGUGUGACUCAGCAUCCAUCCUGUUCUAACGUACAUUUAGAGUUCUGGAGAAUAACAUUUUACUUCGUCUCCCAUCAAAACACAUUUUAGAAAUACUUUUUUGCUUUUUUAAACUAUUUGUGGUUACAGAUAAUCUUCAGUUCUCUUCUCUCACUCGUGUAGCUUGAUGUUUUACUUGAGGCGACACAACCUGCUGAGUAAUGAUAAUCUUGAGAUCAUCAUGAAUCAACAACCUGCUAACUACUCAGCAUGAUGCACUACUUAACAAUGUAUAUGAAAUGACACCCUGCUUUUAGUGGACUGGAUGCUUUACUCUGUAAAUCUUUUUCAUUUACUGUCUUUAUAUUAUAUUGUAUGUUACACCUCGUUUUCAAAUCAAGGCAUAACAUACAGUGCUCCAUGUCUGGUGAUUUUGCAUAAUGUUUUAGAUCCACCACAGGUUUCCUCUGAAAGCCGUUAACUGAACCGGUGAUGUGAAUAUUUUAUUUGUUUCUUUCUUCUUUCUUUCUUUCAUUUGGCCAAAAUUGAAUGUGGUAUGGCACAUCCAUUUAUUUCACAUUUGAAUAUUUUUGUAUUAAUUUCAUUACGGUUGAAAACAAUUGUCUUUCUAACUUAAGUUUUUGUUUCUUGUCUGUACACAGAUAUACCAUUUUAACUAUGCAUAUACAGUAUGAUUACAUCUUAAUUUGAUUUUUGUUAAUCAUUUCUCAUGCAUUUUAUGUUAUUCAUAAGUUUUUAACCACAUUUUCCCUCACAUAAUAAAACUUCCUUUUCAUCAGUUCCUCCAAACAUGCAUCCUGAAUUGACCCUCAGGACUUCAACACUGAAGCGUUCCAGUUGCCAGAUCAAUGGGACCAAGAUGACAAUGACUUCACUGCACUAAAAAAUACUCUGGGUCAUCGCAGGGCCCUCACUGAUGAGUAAUGUGGUUCAGUAUCUCGCUCAAGGACACCUCAACAUGCAGCUCAGCCCUGCCCAGAGCUGGGAUUUGAACCAGUGACCUUCCGAUCACUAGUCGACCUGCUCUACCCGCUGAGCUACAGCCGCCCUCUUUGUUUCACUGGGUGACAUGUUCAGUCGUUACCACAAACACACACUGUAGGGUAUUAAGAGUCAGUCUGACACACAUAAAUACUGACUAAUGUACCAAAUGUGAGUUGAAUCGGUGCUGAAAAUAGUCCCCAUUACAUUGCUGAUUAAUAUUUUGCUUUAAACUACUGUGUCCAGCUGUUUUAGGAGCUUACCAGUAUUUAAUGCAUUGUUGCUAUUGGUCUUUUAAUUAUAUUUGUUGUAAUAAAGAUCUUUAUUAUUAAUGCCA